AUGGAGCCCGGGUGGAGGGAAAGAAGAAAUCUGGAGCGACUAAUGAGACAAAGAGGAGCUGGACGUCCAGUUCUAUCUGAUGGCUUUGUAAUACGACCCGUCGGGGGUGUCUCCACUGCCUUGGUAGGAGAGGCAGUACCCCCUCCCGCACCCCCGAAAGCCACUUCACCACCAACAGGCCAAGUCCCGCCGCGACGGACAAGCCCUCGGACAAACCCACCAUUAUCGGACCCAGCCGGAGCAGCUCGCGGAGUAAUAAGCCCUUCUCCACUCCAAGAAGAAGCUCCCGUUCCCCUCGAUAAGCCAGAUGUAACGCGCAAAUCACCGCCGCGCAAUUCACCGCCCCGCGGUAGAACACCGGUAUCAUCUGAUGCGCCGGCGCUACCAAUUAUUACCACUACUCGGACAUCAGCUGUGGCAGCAGUCACGCCAAUUGCACGCGGGAAGAGAACCAGGCAGCCAAGUCCUGAUAAAUUCCUUACCACUCCCGAGGCCGAUGGGAUUACAAAGCGGCGCCUCAAUGCAGCUGCGGAGAGGCGGCAGGAGAAGCUUGCUAUGAGGCAGAGGGGUGCUGGAACGCGUAAAGUCGCAGAUAUCGGGUUCACAAUCCAGCCACUGCAACCAGUUACAAAAAUUACAGCUGUCAGGGAGAAGGAAAGCGUCGAGGCCGAAAAAGAAUUGGUCGAAGAGGUAGAGGCACAGGUGCAGAAACAAGUGUUGAUGGAAAUUGACGGAUUAGGGGACUCGGCAUAUGAAGGGGGAGAAGCUGACGCGGAAGAGGGAGAGGAAGAUAAGCAGAAUGAGGCGGGAGGGGAAUCAGAACCAGAGAACGAACAACAGGAGAUAACGGAAGAUCAAACAAUUGGAAUGGUCAUUGAAGAGCCGACACAAGAAGCGGAUGGAUCAAUGAUCCAGCAGAUAGUACCAGGAGAUGGUGAGAGUGACGCUCUUGUAGUCCCUGUAAUGAGUCCGGGGAGCCGAAAUAAACGGAGGAAGGUCAUUCUAGAAGGUCAGGGUCAACCUGAGCAAAUCGAAGACGAGCUCCAGCCAUUUAAAAACAUGGCGCAUGAUCCGGUUGAAGAAGUGGGGAAAGAAACACCUUCGGAAACAGGGCCAAAACGGAAAAGACAGCUUAUUGCCACAGAAACAGCCCAAACCAAAACAAUCCAAGCCCCGCCCACCCGGGAAGAGGGCGAAACCCAAACAUACCCAGUUAUCGUUCACCGCCUAUCAAAGUCAGCCUCGUAUGCACUACCCCCCGGGUCCAAUCGUGGUGGUGUAAACCCCGUCGAUGUGAUCAACCAGGUGGCUGGAGAAAUUCUAGACAAAUACUGGGAAAAGUAUGCCAAAAGUAACCUCGAGAAAAGGACUAUUGCUGCGUUCAAAGAAGAGUUCAGUUGCAGACUUCUUGAAGUUACCGAUGAGCUCGAGAGGUAUAUUAGCCUUACUAUGAGAGUGAGGCAGGCACAGAAGAGAAAAGCACAACUGGUGGCCGAAUUGUUGGAAACCAAGAGGCAGAGGGGUAAGGUUGCGGUGAAGAUGGAUGAUGUGAGGAAGGCACAUGAGAUGGCCGCAAAGAGUGCUGAGACUCAAAACCAUAUCUCGCAAACCUUCGCGGACGUAACCCACACCAUCGAACGAGGAAAGGCACGAGAACCGGGUGAACUAGAGGAAGGGAUGGAGGGCCUAGAAGCCAUGAUCAAAACAGUUGCGGCCGCAGUGACGGGUGGUGGAAGCGACGGGACGGGGACAUUGGCUACAGUGGUGGAGUUUAAUAGGUUCUUGGAGAGAGCCGAGGCCGUGUUAAGAGAGAGGAGAUAUUAG